AUGCGAAUAAUACUGUUAGUAGCCAUUAUUGCACUUAGUUAUGCUAAAGUAUUAGAUGCAGAGACAUUAGUAAAACUUCAAAAAUUAUCACUUGGAUGUCAUUUAAAUGGAGUAGUAUAUUAUACAACAAGUCAAUGGUUUGAAGAAGAAAAUAAAACAAAACAUUCAUUAAAGAAAUUAACAUUAACUGAAACUGAACCAGUUGAUUUAAUUCCAUAUAGUGAAGAAUCAUUUUCUAAUUUUGUUUGUCUUAAUGAAGGUGUUUAUUUGCUUCAUAAUGGACAGAUUGGAAAAAUAGAGAAUGACAAGAUUGUAGACAUUACUUCUACACCUAUUUCUAUUGAUACAUUUAAAAUGAUUUCUGUUGGUGGUAAAUUAAGAGGACUUGCAUCAAUGACUGUUUUCCCAGGAAUGACUCUUGAAGAAUCAGCAAAUAAAUUUAUUGAAUUAGAAAAACAAAAUUAUAGAGUAUAUGAUCAAUUGAUGAUAAGAAGAUGGGACACUUAUUGGGAUGGACAAUUCCAACAUUUAUUUACUUUUAAAGAAGAAGAUGAUAACUCAAUUACAUUUAAAGAUAUAAUGAAUGAUAAGAAAUAUGAUUGUCCUGCACGUCCAUUUGGAGGAAAUGAAGAAUAUGAUAUUAGUCCAGAUGGAACAAUGAUUGCAUUUUCUAUUUUAUUAGAGAAUCCAGCAUCAUCAUUAGAUAAUAACAGAUAUUACUGGAAAUAUUGA